UAAGGAAUCAGGUGCGGACAUGCUCAUUGUCCUUAACAUGCAGCCACUUGUAGCAGUUCGGAGGCUUGGCACCUCGGACCUAUCCUUACAGGACUGUCCAAAUGAUAUUAAUGAAGCAGUUUCAAGUCUUAUAUUUGCCUCUGCAAGAUGUGGAGAUCUUCCUGAACUUUAUGCAAUUCGGAGGCUCUUUGAGGAGCGGUAUGGCCAGAGGUUUGCAACUGGUGCUGUUGAAUCAUAUCCUGGGAAUCUUGUAAACCCUGAGGUGAAGGAGAAGCUCUCCAUAAACUCAGUUCCGGAUGAUGUCAAACACAGAUUGGUUGAUGAGAUUAUUAGAGAUUACUGCCUAAGGCCGGAAGGCCUGGGACUUUUGGCAAUUGAAUACCCUUCGGUACUGCAAAAGCAGGAUGAAGAAAAUAUCCCAACUUGUGUGGACAAAAUUGAAGAAUCUCCAGUGCAGAAUUCUGAUGUCAUUGAGAUAGAAGAAAACUCCAUGUAUGUUGAGCCAACCUCAAUGACAAAGAGCAUUUCAAAUGGGCCAUUUCAUUCUCAAUCACUCCAAAAUUCCAACGUAAUUAGUGCUUCUGUUAGCUGUUCUCUAGUGCAGCAAUCUUCACCAGAUGUAAUGGAGUCACCAGUUAUGAACAAAGAAGAGAAGGGGGCGAAUUUUAGUGGAGAUUCUGGAUUUGAGUCCGAAGUUGGUAGUACUGUUGACACUGAAAGCCAAGGGAGUGAUAGGAAUGUUACAGCCACUUUAAAACAUAAGGAUAAAAGACUGAAAGCUGUAUCUUCUUCGGAAAGUUUAACACAGUUUUUUGGGGAAACAUUUGUUUAUCUUGAUGACAUAGAGGAAAUUCAGUCUUCCACGACACAAGAAAGAAGCUUCCAGGAGCAGAGACUAUUUAAGUUCAAGUCACCUAUUCCACCUAAAACUGAAGAAAUUAUUUCUGAGUUUUCCGAUGGGAGAUAUAUGGAUCACUAUGAAGAAGUGAGUCAGAUAUCAGGCUCAUGGAACUCGUGGAAGAGUAGCAAUGACGUUAGAAAAAGAUCUAGGAGAAAGUCAAUCUCCAGGGAAAGUUCAGUCAUGCAGGAUACUGAUCAUGAUAUCUAUUAUGAGAAGUCUUCAAGUCACAAGCAUAGAUCACAUAACAGGAGAAAGCUUCAGAACAGUGCAAAGGAUCGGAAUAGCGCAACAGCAGAAGAAAAUGUUCUGUCAUCUUAUGGACAGAAGAUAAUGAAGCAGCACAGCUAUACAAAUAAUUGCAAAUACAAUGCAAGGAAAUCAUGUUGCAAUUGCAGCUUCAACUCUGACGUGAAUGACUGCAGCUUGGAACAUCCAUGUUAUUUUUAUCCUGGUGAUGAAAAGGAUGAAAAAGAAGCUCCUCCAUGGAAGCAAAAGAGAGGGCUUAUAAAUCUGGGGCAGUUUCCUACUACUGAUUUGGAAGAAAAUUCAGGUGACUAUUUCUGCCAAUCUUCUCGGUAUGGAGGAUCCAGUAAUGAAAUGGAAUGGACUAAAGUAGAACAAACUGCACUUCCACAGAAUCUGAGAAGAAGAAGCUAUUCCAAUGGCGAAAGCGUACAUGUUGUUUUCACCUGCCAAAUUUAUGGCUCUCAAGAAGGAAUUCAUGCAGAAAAAGCUGUGAAGAGUCCAACUCUAUUUCCAUUACCUGCAUAUAGGACUAGUUCUUCAAUAACAGCCAAAUUCAUGGCUCUCAAGAAGGAAUACUUGCAGAAUAAGCAGUGAAGAAUCCGAUUCUAUUUCCAUUACCUGCAAAUAGGACUAGUUCUUCAAUCUUACUUCUACUAUCUUGUUUAGAGAAUUUUUUUCAUUCAUUUUUCCUGUUGUAUGAUAUGACUGUUGGCGUAUUAAUUAUUCGAUUUCCUUGUAAUGAGAACUAAGUUAUUUAGAUCUUGGAUUUGUAAUUGCUUAGGUUGUAGAAAAUAGUUUUGGGAAAGAGCCCAAUCUGCUGCAAAUCAUUAGGAAAGCAUUACCAUGACUAAAAUGCACCAGGAGAUGAAGAAGAAAAGAAAUAACGUAUUGCAAACGAAUUUGGUUUGUUCAUUUAUGUUCUUUUUACCUAAAUGCAUUGUAGCACAUAAAAGAUGUUUUAUGAA